AUUACUCAUCCAACUAACUCGAUUUUCAUACGCCCGUCGUUGUUUGUUGAUUUUGAAUAGCUAUUGGUGGGUGGUAGUUUCAUUGUGAAAUCUAAUCCUGGCGAAGUGCUGACGUCCUAUUUUAUUCUAUUUCAAUUAUUUAUAAUCGGUCAAUCAAGAUGUCUUUAUACCCUUCUCUGGAAGAUAUGAAGGUGGAUAAAAUGGUGCGGGCGCAAAUGGCGCAGUAUGAGGCGUCGCCUCCUGCCUACCAGCCAAUGCAUCAUGCGUUACCCUCACCAGGCUAUGGUGCACCCAACGCCCAUGUUUACCCAACUCUCGGUGAAUAUAUGGGCCUCGAGCUGUCUCAAGAUGUUAUUGCCCUCAACAUGCCAGAAUAUCAAGUUCAGACAGUACAAUCAGGAGGUGCUGUUACUAAUUUAAUUGCGCCGCUAUCAUCUCAGUCAAUAUCCCUACAAAAAGCAACAGUCACUCAGGCAAUCCGACAGGUCAUUUUGUGUAAGGAUAGAGAUGGAAAAUGCGGUCUAAGACUUCACUCUGUAAACAAUGGAGUCUUUAUUUGCUAUGUUCAAGCAGGUAGUCCAGCUGCAUUGUCUGGGCUACGCUUUGGUGAUCAGGUCUUGGAAAUCAACAAUGUGGCUGUUGCUGGCAUGAGUAUGGACCAAUGCCAUAAUCUUUUGAAAAAAGCUCCGUCUAAUGGGAUCAAUAUGGCUGUCCGUGACAGACCUUUCGAAAGAACCAUAACUUUGCAUAAGGAUUCCCUUGGACACGUGGGUUUCCAAUUCAAGGAUGGAAAGAUAGUUGGUCUGGUAAAGGACUCCUCUGCAGCACGUAAUGGAGUUCUGACUGACCAUCAACUUCUCGAAGUAAACACAAUCAAUGUGGUGGGCAUGAAAGAUAAGGACAUAUCAAAGGUUAUUGAAGAGAGCCCUUCCAUUGUAAACAUCACUAUUAUUCCUCAUUAUAUCUACAAACACAUGAUAAGCAAGAUGUCUUCAUCACUAUUUAAGGAAGUGGAUCGCACGCCUGCCGUCUAAUGAAAUAGAAGUGGAAUCUAUACCACGAAAUGAUUAUUAUUAUAAAGGUAGUUUAUAAAAAUUAAGGGAAAUGAGAAUUGAAUUUUAUUGGCACAUGUUAACUGAAAAAUCUUUGCUAUUUAGGGUAACGAUAGUAACGUUGUCAAAAUGUUUUCAUAAUUUCAAUUACCAUUUCCUAUUCAAGUAAAAUUUUGUUAGAUGAAUGGAUAUUCAUGUACUUGACUUAUACACCGAAUCGAUAAUGGCGAGAGUUAUAUUCGUUUUCUUUGGAAUACUAAUAAGUACGUAAUUUUUUUUAAUGAUAGUGGCAUAUUCUUUGCAAAUAUUUAUUACUGUCCAUAGGUUUGGGUUCGGUGUAUGGGUUAUAAGGCUAAGCGUAAGUACUGUGGUAAUUAUUACGCAAAUUUUCAUAAAGUCCUACUCCUAGGUCAAAUGUUUUGCAGCAAACUUCGCACACCGAUUUUCGUCGCAGUACGUGCUUAGCCUAAGAGAGUUUAUUAUUCAUUUGUUUCGACAAGUCAUUCAAGGAAACUGCGGUAAAUAAACCGUUAGCUCUCUCAAAAACCACAGUGCAAUGUAUGAAUCAUAGAACAGGGUAAAUCACUGCCGAAAAAUGAUAAUUGAAUGACUGUAGGUAUUUACUGUUACGCAAAUCGUACAUUGAUAUUUGCGGUUUUUACUUCGUUUACAUUUAAUACAUAUCGUUGGUGCCAACAUCUACACAUCUCAUUUUCUAAAUCAGUAUUUUGUAGAAAGCUGGGUUCGAUUACUGUGAUGCCAUUUAACAUCAAGUGCGGCACAUUAAGUAGUAAAAUUGGUUAAUAUUCAUAGUUUGAUUAUUUUUACUGUUACAUUUAAAGUAGUUAAGUCAAGAGAACAGCUGUUUGGUAUCCAUUUUUUAAUUUGUUUUUAAAUUAAUACCUCUCCAAGUCAAUUACGGCUGUGAAAAUUACUGAGUUCUUAACCAAAAAAUUACAUCUUCGCGGCAUUUAAUGUUGGUGUAUAUUAUUUAGUAAAUGUAUAAUGUCUUGAGCAAGUCCACUUUACACUGAGCCACGCGACAUAAAAGUCAAUGGAAAUAACAUGUAAAAGUUUCCAAAUAUCGCUUAUUAAUGGGCACUGCCCACUAUAAACCGACCGAAGACCUCUAAUAUUCGAUAUUUAUAAAUUUUACUAGAAAUUCAGUGCGAAGUGUAUACUGCCUGGGCCGUACUUCCUCUGUGGGGCUAGGACGAUAAGGCGCGACUUGCGUGAGAGCGCCAAAACGCUAGAUACUGUUAUUCUAGCAUAGAGAUAACAAUAUCUCGCGCGCUUAUUUCUCUCUCGCUCAUGUCGCCCCAUGUCGCGGUAGCCCUAGUAUUCACUUAAUUGACUUUGUAACCUGGUUUGAUUAUCAUAUGUUAAAGGAAGUAUGCCAUAUAUUAAUUACAUGAAAUUUUGUGUGAAGUUAAUGUAAAGUUAUAGUAACUCUGGUUUGUUGCUAAGGUAUUUGAAUUUAUUCCUACUUGUAAGUCAUUGACUAUUGUGCUAAAUAGAUCAGUACAUUAUGUAGUUGCCCGUUGACAUUCCUUUAUGUUCAUUGUUCUUGUUUUGUAAGUAUAACUGCAUUAAUAAAUAGACUCUUUAUAGCACAUUAAGUGCACUUUUUUAUUCAAGUAUAUUUUGUAGAUUAAAUCGUUUGGAAACAGGGAUAUCGAUUGAUUUACCCUUGUUAUCUAUAAAAUGUAAGAUGCCAUAAAUGUAAUGUAAUCAGAUAAAUGUUAAUUACUUUUUGAUAAAUAAUUCCU